CCCCGCGCGGGGCGCGGAGGGACCGGGCAGGCGCGCGCGCUCCGCUUAGUCGACGCGCAGUGCCUGCCCCGGCCCGGGGUCCUGAAGCGUCCCACAGGCGUCAGCAGGGCCGGGCCUUCGCAUUUUAGCUUUUCCUUUGUAGCAACUUUUGAAACUGCCCUAAAGGCUCUUUAUCUUUCGUGUUUAACCUCAGUUGAGUCCAUUCGAUUCGUUUAGGGAGGGUGGAAAUGGCUGGAACCUUUGGGAACGGUUUGCCCUUCGGGGAAUCCAUUCUAUACCACAAAAGCAUCUAUUUUCCUAAAGCCCUCGUUAAAAGGAGGUUUUUGUUUUGUUUUGCUUUGUUUUGUUUUACAUUGUUUCUGCAAGGGAAGGAUUAACUUUUAGAUGAGGGUAGGGUAGUUCUCAAAGGAGAAGCUUGCUUGAAUAGGUUAGACAGCAGCAUUCAUGUUUUGUUGAGGAUAUUGAGUUUGAGCCAUACGUAGGCACAGGUGAAUGCUAGCAAACGCUCGCUCGAGGCGGUGUUGAAGGGCGAGGCUUUCGAAAUAAAAGAGUUGUGCAGUAUCUGUUUUGUUUAAGGAUCUCUUUCAGUUUCUCUUGGGAGUUACCUGAUAAAGUCCCAGGUUUAUACCCUUAGGAGUUUGCAGGGCAAGCCUGGUUUGGAGGAGUGAGUGGGAGAGUAGAGGAAGAAUGGCUCCCAGGAAAGAAAGAUUGCAGAAGGUAUUGUAGUAAAUGGCCUCGUAAAUAUUAGCAUUUCCACUAUUGAGAAGCGCUAUGAAAUGAAGAGUUCCCUGACGGGCCUGAUAUCAUCAAGCUAUGAUAUCUCAUUCUGUGUGUUGUCUUUAUUUGUGUCAUUCUUUGGUGAAAGAGGACACAAACCAAGGUGGCUUGCAUUUGCAUCCUUUAUGAUAGGACUGGGAGCACUUGUAUUUUCACUGCCAAAAUUUUUUAGUGGAAAAUACCAAUUGGGGUCCCUAUUUGAAGAUACUUGCUCAGCAACAAGGAAUGGAACCGGUUGUACCUCUUCAAGUUCUUCACUUUCUAACUACUUGUAUGUGUUCAUCUUGGGACAACUCUUGCUGGGAACAGGAGGAACUCCUCUUUAUACCCUGGGAACAGCUUUUCUUGAUGAUUCUGUGCCCACACACAAAUCUUCUCUUUACAUAGGAAUUGGCUAUUCUAUGUCAGUAUUAGGCCCUGCUAUUGGUUAUGUGUUGGGAGGACAGCUGCUAAGCAUGUACAUUGAUGUGAACAUGGGACAAAGCAUAGAUAUUACUGAAGAUGAUCCACGAUGGCUGGGGGCAUGGUGGAUUGGAUUUCUUCUAUGUUGGCUCUUUGCUUGGUCUUUGAUAAUUCCUUUUUUAUGCUUCCCAAAACAUUUACCAGGUACAGCAAAAAUUCAAGGUGAAAGAAUUUCCCAGACUCACCAGGAUAAGAGUAGUUCCUUAAAAGACACCGAGGAGAGUUUUGGAACAAGCUUUAAAGAUUUUCCAGCUGCCCUAAAGAAUUUGAUGAGGAAUACUGUCUUUAUGUGUUUAGUUUUUUCAACUUCCUCAGAAGCCUUAAUUACUACUGGAUUUGCUACAUUUUUACCUAAAUUUAUAGAAAAUCAAUUUGGAUUGUCUUCCAGCUUUGCAGCUACCCUUGGAGGGGCUGUUUUAAUUCCUGGAGCUGCUCUUGGUCAGAUUUUAGGUGGUGUACUUGUUUCAAAACUCAAAAUGACAUGUAAAAACACAAUGAAGUUUGCUUUGCUCACAUCUUUAGUUGCGCUUGUGCUGAGUUUUGUAUUUGUUUAUGCCAACUGUGAAAAUGAGCCUUUUGCCGGUGUGUCUGAAUCAUAUAAUGGGACAGGAGAACUGGGAAACUUGACUGCUCCUUGUAAUGCCGAUUGUAACUGCUUUCAAUCAUAUUAUUAUCCUGUCUGUGGAGGAGAUGGGGUCCAGUAUUUCUCUCCCUGCUUUGCAGGUUGUAAAAAUUCUCUUUUAAAAAGACAGCCAAAGGAAUAUUACAAUUGUUCCUGUAUUGCAAGGAAUACAGAAAUAACUCCUACUUCGGCAAGUUUUAUUUCUGAAGUUAAAGCUGGAAAAUGUGAAAGUCGAUGUGCAAAUUUGCCCAUAUUCCUUGGCAUUUUCUUUGCUACAAUUAUCUUUACAUUUAUGGCUGGUACUCCUAUAACUGUGUCCAUCCUAAGGUGUGUUAAUCAGAGACAACGGUCCCUAGCAUUGGGAAUACAGUUUAUGCUGCUUCGAUUAGUUGGCACAAUACCUGGACCAAUUAUAUUUGGUAUCACAAUAGACAGCACAUGUAUUCUGUGGGAUAUUAAUGAAUGUGGAACUAGAGGUGCUUGCUGGAUUUAUGAUAACAUCAAGAUGGCCUACAUGCUAGUAGCCAUAAGUGUUACUUGUAAAAUUAUCACCGUUUUCUUCAAUGGGUGUGCAAUCUUUUUGUAUAAGCCGCCACCAUUAGACACAGAUGUAUCAUUUCAGAGUCAGAAUGCAGUUGUGACUGUUUCAGUAGAAUGUGAUCUCAGCAAUGCAGGAAAUGAAGGGUGAAAUAGCAAAAGGAGACCAUUUUACAACCGGAAAAUUGGCCUUCAUUUGUAAGAAUUCACAUUGCCAUUGCAGCAUUAUCCACCCGAUAUGGACAAUCAUAUUUUAAAAGUUGGUAUUUUGUAAUUAAAUGCAUUUCCUGUAUAUUUAUGAACGUGUUUGUUUUUGUUUUAAUAUAAGAAACAGACUUGUGCCUUCAGAACCCACCAAAAACCUCAGAACUCACACACACACACACACACACACACACACACACACACACUUCCCAUUGUACAGGUGUGAAAUAAAAAACUAAUAAACUAAACUAGAGAAAAAGCCAGUGAUUAGUUAAAAGUUUAUAUCUUAAAAACAAAGUGAUAUUUCUAUUCUUCUUGCAACUUGUUUUAGUUUAAUUAUCAUUACCAGUAGUUGGGGCUUAUUUAGAAAAUUUAUGGUAUGAAAAUUUAAACUAACCAAAUUUAUGUGAUGAUUUUUGAG